AGCGCAUGCAGGGAUGUUUGAUGAACGUGAACAAAAGGUAAAAUUAUAUUUUUUAGAAAUUCAAGCAAACGACCGCCUUUAUCUGUCGUUUUUAAUGGGUUUGCCGUUACCUUAAACCUUUGAAUAAAAGCGCACUGUGACUUUAAAGUCAGCUGUUCUUGACUUCACCGCAGAACUGAAGCAAUCAUGUUUGCAGCAGCAGCAGUUAUGUUGAGGACGCCAGGAGUGGGAUCGUAGCGAAGGAAAACGCAGGAGAGCGGCCUGCAGAGAGCCAGUGAGGAUGAAGUCCAGGGGGCCUCCUGACGGGGGCUACGGCUGGGUGGUGGUCACCUCAGCCUUCUUCAUCAUGGGCCUCACUGCUGCAGUCCUCAAGAACUUUGGCCUCUUCUUCCUGGACAUCCAGAGUCACUUUGGAGUCCUGACCAGCACCACCUCGUGGGUCACCUCCACUACCAUCGCCAUGUUUCACCUUGGAGCUCCAGUGGCCAGUGCUCUGACCUUACAGUUUUCUCAGAGAGUGGUCAUCAUAGUCGGAGGUCUGCUGUCUGCUGCGGGGAUGAUGCUGGCGUCUCUGGACCUCAGUCUGCCCUGGCUCUACCUCACGCUGGGCAUCCUGCAAGGAGUUGGCAUCUCCUUCUCGUGGAUCCCUGCCAACAGCAUGGUGAGUCACUACUUCGUACGGUGGCGUCCAAUCGCCUACGCCAUCGCCAGCUCCGGGGAGAGCGUCUUCGCCGUCUUGUUCAGCCCGUUGUUCCAGUGGCUGAUCGAGACGUACAGCUGGCAGGGCGCCCUGCUCAUCAUCGGAGGCCUCCAGCUCAACCUGUGUGUCUGUGGCGCUCUCAUGAGACCCCUGGAGGUCCAGAGUCCGACACAGGAAAUCAAAGAGGAUCUAGACAUCGAUGCUGCUGUUCUCCCACCAAAGAGAAAGGUUCUCUUCCAGUUCUCCCUGAUGAGAAAACCUGAACUCCUCCUCUACUUCCUGUUUGCGGUCUUGGCAGCAGCAGGGUUCUUCAUCCCGCCUCUCUUCCUCGUGCCCUUCGCACACAGUUCGGGCAUGGAUAAGUACUGGCCCGCCUCCAUCCUCUCCAUCCUGGCCUCGGCAGACCUGGUAGGGCGGCUGCUCUGCGGCUGGCUGGCCAACAUGAGGCUGGUGAGGAACCUGCAGCUGCUCACCAUGGUGGUCACUCUGCUCGGGGUGGUGCUGCUGCUGCUGCCCGUCAGCCACAACUACUGGGCCAUCCUGGUGUUCGCCUCGCUCUACGGCUUCCUGUUCGGCUGCGCCGUGGCCAUUCACGUCACCGCCAUCGUGGACAUCGUAGGCCUGGAGGGCUUCGACAGCGGGCUGGGCCUCUUCAUGCUUUUCAGGAGCGUCGGCGGCUUCAUGGGUCCCCCAGCUGCAGGCUGGCUGGUGGACCAGACACACGACCACGGCGCUGCCUUCUACCUCUCGGGCCUCUGCCUCAUCUCAUCAGCUGUGUUUGUCGUCGUGGUCGAUCAUCUCGUCCAGAAGAGAAAAUCAGUGGAGGCUGAAGUUCAUCAGAAGAUCUUCCAGGACGAGUCAGAGCCAGGAAAACUCCAAUAAGACUUUUUAUUAUUUUUUUAUUCAGAUUUUAUUGAUCUUUUACCAGAUUAUAAGCCUGGGUUGACAGAAAAUCAUUCAGUGUUUGUUAGGUGGUUUGAACUAGUUUUUAUGAUGAUGUUAUAUUCAUUUUAAUGCAAUUAUUAGACCAUUUUUUUCAGUUAUGGUUUUCUAUGUCUGCGUGACAGAAUUUGUAAAAAAUACCUAGAAGGUGUUUUAACCUGUAUAAAAUACUGUGUUUUACUUGGCAGACAUUUACCAAAGAAACUCUGGUGUCCAUUGAUUAAAUGUUUAUAUUCCAUCAUGUGAAAUAUAACAUUAAACAUUUCCCUUUUUUUUUUUUGUUCGGGGGAAGGCUUUUAAAUGCUUCUUUCUCGACUCAUUAGCCGUCAAGCUCUGAACAGACGCUAGAUCAAAUCCUGCUUCCUCCAUUUAUUGAUUUUCUCUUUUUAACCCAGAGAGAGACUUGAGCCUGUAAUUCCUGCAGAUACAUCUCAGUCAAUAAAGCCACAACACUCUGAA